AGAACCAGUCAGAACUCCGACCUUACCGGAACGCAUAUAGCCUCAAAUUUUGUCGAUUACUUAUUUCGUGAGAUUUCAGAAACUUUGAAGAUGGGAAGUGAAGCUGAAAUUGCUAGGAAACCAAGAUUUUUAUGUCUCCAUGGAUUUAGAACAAGUGGAAAGAUUUUCAAGAUACAGACACAGAAAUGGCCUCAACAAGUGCUGGAAAAGCUCGAUCUUGUUUUCGCAGAUGCGCCUUUUCCCUCACAAGGAAAAUCUGAUGUUGAAGGCAUCUUUGAUCCUCCUUAUUACGAGUGGUUCCAAUUCAACAAAGAAUUUAGCGAGUACACCAACUUCGACGAGUGCCUUGCUUACAUCGAGGAUUUCAUGAUCAAACAUGGACCGUUCGAUGGUCUUAUGGGAUUCUCACAGGGGGCGAUACUGUCGGCAGGGCUAAUCGGAUUGCAGGCGAAGGGCGUUGCUCUUACGAAAGUUCCAAAAAUAAAGUUUCUUAUUAUUAUUGGCGGGGCCAAGUUUAAGUCGCAAUCAGUGGCUGAGAUCGCAUAUGCUUCUCCGAUUCAAUGUCCUAACCUCCAUUUUUUAGGAGAGCAAGACUUUUUGAAGCCUUACGGAUUGGAACUCGUGGAAUCAUGUGUGGACCCUGUUAUAAUUAAUCAUCCCAAGGGUCACACAAUACCAAGACUUGAUGAAAAAGGUUUGGAGACCAUGGUAAACUUCAUCGAGAGGAUUCAAAAGAUGUUGCUCGAGAAAGAAGAAAAAUAGCUAUUCUUAGAUUACUAGCACAAGAAAAUAAUAUGAUUUAAUUCCUAAGGAUGGAAUGGAACCAUCUGAGUUACUGUGUCUAAUGUCUUAUUACGAGGUUUCGUAAUUGAUGAUCUAUAAUGUUUUGUAUUCCAUUCAUCCAACAAGCUAAAAAAUUUAACUUUA